AUGAGGUGCCUCUCUAUAUGUCUCCUAUCCACAACAACUCUGCUCGACGGCAGCAGCACGGGGUCCUUCAUCACCUCAGCCAUUAUAGGGUCCAGAAACUCAGCCUGCAGCAGCAGCAGCAGCAGCAGCAGCAGCAGCAGCAGCAGCAAGGGGAGCAGCAGCAGCAGCAGCAGCAAAGGGAGCAGCAGCAGCAGCAGCAGCAGCAGCAGCAGCAGCAAAGGGAGCAGAAGCAGCAGCAGCAGCAGCAAGGGGAGCAGCAGCAAGGGGAGCAGCAAAGGGAGCAGCAGCAGCAGCAGCAGCAGCAGGAGCAGCAGCAGCAGCACAGGCAGCAGAAACGGGAAAGGUAGAGAACUGUUGCAACAGCAAAGGGAGCAGCAACACCAUCACCAGCAGCAGCAGCAGCAGCACCAUCACCAUCACCAUCACCACCAUCACCAUCACCAUCACCACCAUCACCACCCUCACCCUCACCAGCAGCAGCAGCACCAUCACCAUCAGCAGCAGCAGCAGCAGCAGCAGCAGCAGCAGGAGCAGCAGCAGCAGCAGCAGCAGCAGCAUAAUAUCUUACGGGUACAUCAUCGAGGUCGAUUUCUUUUUCUGCUUUUUCUUCGUCGGCGAGUCUCUUCACUAACGAAUGAAACUCCUCCAGCAACGCAGACGCCAUCAACCCCUCACGCCGGGCUAUGCGGCACUGCAGCAGCAGCAGCAGCAGCAGCAGCAGCAGCAGCAGCAGCAGCAACAGCAGCAGCAGCAGAAGCAGCAGCAGAGGGAGCAGCAGCAGAAAGAAGAAGAAGUUCAGUACAAGCAAAAUUACAGCUGCAAAGGAAUUCAUGUGUAUCUCCAUCUGCUGCUGCUGCUGCUGCUGCUGCUGUUCCUGCUGCUGCUGCUGCUGCUGCUGCUGCUGCUUACUGCUUUUGCGAUGUUUGCGUGUUUGUAGUAUCUGCCGUCUCUCAGGAUUUCACUUAUUAUCAUCUCGCCGUUCGUCUUGUCUGCUUGCACUGCAGCAGCAGCAGCAGCAGCAGCAGCAGCAGCAGCAGCAGCAGCAGCAGCAGCAGCAGCAGCAGGCAGCAGCAGCAGCAGCAGCAGCAGCAACAGCAGCAGCAGCAGCAGCAACAGCAGCAGCAGCAGCAGCAGUACAACAGGAGGGAAGAAUAUCUGCUUGAUACGAAUAACGAUUAG